ACCCGGAAGUAAAAACAAUUUGUGUGCCGUAACGCUGUUUAGGUAAUCUGGAAGAAUGUCGGAGCAUGAAGAUGAUUAUAUGUCUGAUGCUUUUCUUAACCCCUCAUUGGACAUUCGGCCUGGCCUUCCAAUGGUGAAACGUUUAAAGGAGACUCUAAGACGAGGGACUUUACACAAAGAGAAAAAUAUUCUUAACCAGCAGAAAAGCUACAAGGAACAAGAGCAGAACAGACGAGAUGCUGCGCUGCAGAGCUCUCUAAGCAGUGAGAAUAAAGGGUUUGCAUUGCUGCAGAAAAUGGGCUACACUGCAGGACAAGGUCUGGGAAAAGAAGGUACUGGAAGAGUGGAACCACUUCCCCUUACCAUAAAAACCGAUAGAGGAGGCAUUGGAAUGGAACAACUAAAGAAAAGGAAGGCAGAAGAGAGCUUAGAAAAUUACAGGAAAAGAUUGGAGGUGAAACAGCAAAUAGAGAAGAAGUCUCUUGAGGAUUUCAGAGAGCGCAAAAGAAAUGAAAGAGAAAAGCAUGAAACUGAAGGAGACUUGAGGAAGAGUCAGUGGGCCUGUGAACAGCUGGACAGACAAAAGGGAAUAAUUGUACCAAGGGACAUUUGGUAUUGGCCUGAAGUAGUUAAGAAUCAUGAGGCUGACCAUGAGGAGCUCAGCACAGGAAGUGAAGGAAGUGAAGCCGAUAACGAAUUGACGUCAUUACUGAAGCUGCAGUUCAUCACAUCCUACCUGAGGAGUGUACAUUUCUACUGCAUAUGGUGUGGGACAGCAUAUAGGGAUGAGGCGGAUAUAAACACCAAUUGUCCUGGAGAUACAGCAUUAAACCACAAUGAGUAAAGCAAGAACUAUAAUACGGAAGAAUACCUAUGUUCUCAGGUUUUUCUCCUUUUUCCCACCUAUUAUUUUGCAUGCAGAUAUUUAAUUGCCCUUUUGACAAUUACAUCUUGUUUUUGGUUUGUUUUGAUAAAUAUAUUUUGAUUACCCUUAUGAAGUUGUUUUAGGCUUGUAAUUUUAUGAACACCAGUAAUGCUGCAAUAUUGUAAUGUAAUUGUGUUGGGUUAUUUUACCUAAUUAAAUCACCUUCUUAAUUUUA